CCCUUCAACAACCUGAUCACCAGAGAAUUUAAACACGCCCCCGAACCGAAACACAAUUGAACACCGCCAGAAGACAUCAGCUACCUCCGCAUCAUGGAUGUUUUCUACGCCUACACCUACUCCACAGCCGGCUGGCUUGGACUCCAGAGCUUGGCUCUGAUCGCUGUGCCGGAGAUGAUGACCACAAUGUUGUUGACCGAAACCCGCGACCCUUCCUCGCUCGAAACGUACUUCUCCCGCUGCUUGGGAUUCAGUCUACUCCUCAUCGCCGUUCUCACCGUCAUGCUCACCGGGUCCGUGCCCUUGACCACCUCCAUUGCGCAACCCGUCACCACGGACGAUUCCGACCCCAAGGCCCCCUAUGCCGUGCCGACCAUGAUGGUCACGACCGUCUUCCACGGCGCGUCAGCGGGAUACGCAUACAUCUGGUGGGUGGCUACUGGUCAGAUUGCCUACGCGGUCGGGAUGAUCGGAUACGCCGCCAUUGCCUUCGUCGGGGUGUGGUGCGCGCUGUUUGCGAGCAGCGGGGGCAAGAUCAACCGCAAGACUGGCGUCGAUAAGCGGAGCAGCGGCUUCCCGUUCGCCAACCAGGAGGCCGACAAGAGGUUUGCGGGGAAGAAGUCCCUGUAAAUGGGAUUCUUCUUCUCAAAAUGUUCUAGGCGGGGUCAUUGGACAUAGGGUGGAUAGUUGCAUGCAUGCAAAUGGCUGCAGAUGAGGGAAGCCUGCGCAUGUCAAGAGAAAGAGGGAGAUAGUUCGCUGUUGAAUUUGACAUACUCUCUCUCCUUAUGUCCUGUUUACUUCUCCAUUACAUUAAAUGAAUCAACUGGAUCUCACGUAGUAUUCGCGCCUGAAG